CGUCACGAAGCAGUAGUCGUCCGUCUCCGUCUCCAAUCCGCCGCCGCCGCCCCCUCAUCCCCGUCUCUCCCAAUCUUUUCCCUCUCAAGCAUCCCGUCGCUUCCGCCGUCGGCCGAUUGAUCUUUCGUCGUCCCUCCCCGCACUCACGCACGCGUACACCCAUCUUCCUAGCUCGCCUGGUUCCGUGGUUCGUGUACGAUUCAGAGCGGAGUAGGGGAUCAAUUGAUGACAGGUUCGGCUUCCAUCCAAACCGGCCGCCGGCCAGUCCACCGAGGCGAGAGUCCAUGUUGACCACGCGAACCCUACACGCCACGGAGAUGCUCCAUCUCCGCCGCCUUGCCCAGUUCUUGCUCGCCUCAGCUCGCGGCGAUGGAGCAGGACGCGUCGCCCGUCCUCUCGCGCCAGGCCCAGGACGACGGCGCCGUGGACGGCUGGGCGCAGAACGACAGCGAGCCCCCUCUCGUACGGCGCUCAGGCGGAGUGCCCGGAGGUCGUAGAUCCUCCUCCUUGCCGGUGCUUCCGCGGCCACGUCUCCGCUGCCACCUCCGCGUGCGCGACCCUCAACGACGACUCGGUGGGGAGGAGCCCUGCGACGACCCCGACGACGCCUGCUCCCCCGACCACAACCACUGCGUCCAAGAAAGGCGCAUGGAUUGGGGAUAUGUACUUCGGUUUGGGUUUAAAGGGGCAAUCUUUGAGCAUUUGUAUCAACUAUCGAGGAUCUCAAGUUGACAUGGAUCGCUGUAUGAUCAAGUGCAUUAUGGUGCUAUGAUGAUUGUGACAGAAGAUGUUAGCUGCAGAAGCAAUCACUAUGUCUCAGCUCCAAUAUUAAAAAUCAGUGCACCUGAAUUAGGACACAAUUUUUCUCAUCUGGAACUGCGCUUUAAGGUGUUUGGUCUGAAAGCUACGCUCCUGAAUACAAUGUGAUAUAAAAGGUUCAUGAAAUCACCAGGUAUGGAAAUGCUUGACCAUUUUUGUUAAUUACUUAGUACAAUAUUAUCAGUUUGUUUUUUUGCAUUAUUCCCAGUUCUCUUGCAGUACUAUUCAACAACCUAUCUUCCUGCCUACUAGAUAAAAGAGGGUUUUUGUUUACUUAACAUGGUUGCCUGAUUAACAUAGUCAUGGUUUCUGUUAGUUAUUUUUUCCACUACCAAAGCAACAAUUAUCUUCCUACCUACCAGAUAUACUACUACUUGAUUGCUUAGUUACCGGCUUAAGAAGCUCCACGAUUCUUUUAUAUGAUAUUAAAAAAAAUUGAGUUCUAACUUUGUGGAAAGACACGCACAGUUCUAAUGUUCUGGGGCCAAUGUUCAUUUGUAGAGGCAAGUACUCUCAAAUUUCUUAGUGAACUAUAAUCCCAUCUAGAUAACCCCCCUCGAUAUAGCUCCCUUUAUUUGCACGACACAAUCUAGUAUAUGACGGUUCUGAUUUGGAUUGUGCGUGUUUCUCCAAAAACUACGAUUAUAUACCUGAGAACAAACAAAUAACGUUAUAAACUUACCUCAAAGCCUAUGGGUUGACUGAAGCUUGAUAAAUAGUUUCAGAUGCACUAUGGUCUCGUAACAGUAGAAAUAAGCUUUGAGGGAAAGAGAACCACAAGUAUAGGUGACUGCAUAGUAGAAGACGUGUAAUCGUGUUGCACUAUAGUGUCUUUAUAGAAGCCGACAAAAUUAGAGACAUCCUAAAUUUUGUUUUCUGUUCUUGUCAGUUAUGAAAAGAAACAUUAACUCUUGGAUUAUCAGUAAGGGAAUAUGCCUUAUUAGCACACUCUUAUGGUGGUUAUUAUGAGCCUUCACAAAGGCAAUGUACUUAGAGUCAUCGCAGUGAUGAUCGACAUAUAGAAGGAGAGUUUGACCAUGAGUUGAAAGGUGUAAAAGAAGUGUAGGAUCAUGAGCACUCGCCGAAAACUUGUCGCAAUCACCACUAAGACAAAAUGCUCAAACUAGGCACGAGAGGUUUGCUUAAGGCCAUAAAAGAGCGAUGAAGACGACAAACCAUGCCAUCAGGAAGAGAAUACCCAGGUGGUGGGUAUAUGUAGACCUCAUGCAACAGGGAGGAAGAGAAACGAUAUCCCACAUGCCUAUGCGCGCAAGAGCAACAAUCUCGUCUACAAUCGCAUGCUGCUAUUCAUGGUGAACAAAUGCGUCAUACUAAGAAGUCGUCUUGAGAAAAGCGACGCUAGAAUAACCAAUAACCAUAGGGCCAAUAGGCAGAAGCGAGAGAGCUCGGAAGCCAUAAGUAGGCCGAGCUUUAGGCGGUGCGUUGCCAACAGGAAAGGCCAUAGUAGUCGAGGGAGAUGGCUCAUUAGAAGGAUCGACAAAAUGUGGACCACAAGUGUAGUGAAGAAGAUGAUAAGGCGGAAUCAUCGGGGAAACCUCAUGGAUGAGCGAGGUGAGGUAGCCUCAGGUAAUGAACGAGGUGGGGAAGCCGCAUGUGGCGACGUGUGGGGUCUAUAACAGUAGUGCGGGAGGGCAAUAAAUAUCGUCAAUGGGGGAGGCCGAAUGAGAGGAUGGACUCGGAUAGAAAGGACGAGAUUCAAUCAAAAGUCACAUGUCAAGAAAUACCCAUCCGACGACUAACAAGAUCUCAACAGAUUGAUCAAAUAGUUUGGUGCAUGAAGAACGUAGCAAACACAACCAAACUAAUGAAGUGUUGAGUAGUUAGGAGAGAAUGCUCACAAAGACACUCGAGAGGAAUGUCACCCUGUAGAGCUGAGGAAGGAUGAAUGUUGAUGAGAUAGGUGGCUACGAUCAUCAACGCGCUAGCCGCCUCACGAAGGUGACGAUGCUUGCGCUCAACAACCCCAUUCUAAGCAUGAGCACCAGGACAAGAGAACUGAGCAAGUGUGCUUUGCUCAACAAGGAAUCUGCGCAACAAAUGAGAGAGAUACACACAAGCAGAAUCUGCGUGAAAGACAUGGAUAGUAGUGGAAAACCGGGUAUGAACCAAGGCGGCAAACUUCUUAUAGAUAGAUAAGACCUCACUACAAGAAGGCAUAAAAUAUAUCGACUUGUGUUGAGAGAAAUAAUUGUAAAGAUAAUGUAGUGGCGAUGGCCUCCUUUCGAGGCGAAGAGAGCUGGGUCCCAAACGUUAGAGUGAACAAAAUUGAAAGGACACCGAGACACAGUCUCGCUACGAGGAUACAGUAACUAAACAUGUUAACCUAGCAGACAAACUUGACAUCUAAAGUUACAUUGCGAGACAGAUCCUAGAAUACCACAUCGUUCUAAGGAUGAGAGACUAGAGCCACACAUGUGACUGAGACGAUGACGCCACAAAGAGUCGGUAGACAAGGUAAGAGAGUCGAAGAGACUGGCGGAUGUGGUAGCGGAGGGAAGGCGUAGCCUGGCAAGCUUCAGUGGCCGUACGAGUCACAACGUCGAGGGCCAACACCGAGUAGAGCACUUGUGUGCCAAUCCUAAAUUAGAACAAGAGCCAAAAUCAAGAAUAUUGGAGUAAUAGAAAUAUUGUUUGUGUUAGGUUCAAUGAUACAUUUGCUUGGAUUUCAGGACAAAGUUAAACUUGAGAUUGGGCACUUGGAUUUGUGAUAUUUUGACAUGAGCUUGAAACUGGAGAACUUUAGGGUGUAGCAUGAUGAACCUGAGAUAUAUUGAAUUUAUAUAGGUAUAGUAUGAUUAGCAUGAAUGCGGUAUUUGUGGACUAUUGGAUCAUCUUGGAUAUUACUAGUCGGAUUCUAGGUUAAAGAUAACUUGAGCAGUUGGAUUUGUGAUAUUUUGACCUAAGCUUGUUAGCUUGUAUGUGCCCCAUAUGGCUAUGAGCAUGCAGAUGAUACGAUCAUAGUUGGUAAAUCGUGAUAAUUUUGCUAACCCUCCCCAAGAAUGUUAAAAAUGCAAGAUCAUCAUGGGAGGAUGAUUUAGAUUAAUUAGAACAGAUGACAAUUUCAGUGGUACGAGCCUUGUUGGAGCAGCUGAUGUUGCUUUUAUUAUGUUUUUGUGCUCCUUUAGAUGCAGUAGUAGGAGGGUAGGACUUAUGAAGUGAUACUAUAUUGGUGGAUAAAUAGAUCUUUAAUAACCUUGAAACUGGAGAACUUUAGGGUAGGACUUAUGAAGUUUGGAUUUACUUACAUGAUUGUGAUCUUGAAAAAAAUCCGGUGGAUAAAUAACUUCUAAUUUUUUGGAUCUAUAGUCAUCCAGUGGAAGCUUGCUUCAUACUGGACUUAGAUAACCAUGAUAAUGGGCUUGGUUGAAUUAUAGUUAUGAUUUGUACUAGAUACACACUUUUAGAGGUUGAAACUAGAGAACUUUAGGGUGUAAUACGAUCAAUCGGAGAUAUAUUGGAUUUAAUAUGAAUAUAAUAUGAUCAGCAUGAUUCUGAAAAUUGAUGGAAGAAAACAAAGAUAUUGGAGUAAUAGAAAUGUUGUUUGUGUUAGGUUCAAUGAUAUAUCUGCUCGGAUUCUAGUUCUAGGUCAGAGUUAAACUUGAGAUUGGGCACUUGGAUUUGUGAUAUUUUGACAUGAGCUUUAAAACUGGAGAACUUUAAGGUGUAGCUUGAUCAACCUGAGAUGUGUUGAAUUUAUAUAGGUAUAGUAUGUUUAGCAUGAAUGCGGUAUUGGUGGACUAUUGUAUGAUCUUGGAUAUUACUAGUUGGAUUCUAGGUUGGAGAUAACAUGAGCACCUGGAUUUGUGAUAUUUUGACCUAAGCUUAGUAGCUUGUAUGCGCCCCAUAUGGAUAUGAGCAUGGAGAGAAUACAAACGGAUUGUAGUUUGUAGACUUUGAUGAUUUGCUAGCCCUCCCCAAGAACGUUACGAGUACAAUAUCAUCAUGGGAGGAUGAUUUGGAUUAAUUAGAAUAGAUGAUAAUUUUAGUUGUAUGAGCCUUGUUGGAGCAGCUGAUUUUGCUUUUAUUAUGUGUGUGCUCCUUUAGAUGCAGUAGGAGAAGGAGGCUAGUAGUUAUGAUGUGAUAUUAUAUUGGUGGAUAAAUACAUCUUUAACAAUGUUGGAACAGUUUGGAUUUACUUAGAUGAUUGUGAUCUUGAAAACAAAUCUAGUGGGUAAAUAACUUCUAAUAUUUGGAUCUAUAGUAAUUCGGUGGAGGCUGAGGUAGUUGAAGAGGACGGAUGAGAAAGCACAUGAGAAGCUUUACUCGAUCUCUUAAAGACCGACAUUGUCGCACGACUUGGCACAAAGCCCGAUGUGGCUGACAGGGUUUUCACCCUCUCCCACACCUCAUGUGCAUUGUUCAUUCCUGCCAAUUCGGCUGGGUGUCCUUUCCUUGUUUGCGAGUUCCGUGCCAAUGACUUGAUCCGGCAUCACACGUUCUCCCACCGUGCGUCCUUGGUCUUGGCGGUAGGUAACGUCGUGCUCUCGGGUUGUGUCUCGUGGGUUAGCCAUUGCGGUGCCGACUGCCUGUGUGGCUAUGGCGGCGCUCUGCAGGAAAACACGAGAUGUGGGAUUGAGGCAUCACACAUAGUAACCCGAAGCCAGGCAAAGGAUGCUGGUCGGACUGGCAGGAAGCGGAUUGCACUUGAGGUAUGGUGGAAGGGAUGAAAACAUUGGUGGGAGCCAAGCGUCGAGGGGAUGAUGAUUGGGGAAGGUGGGAAGAUGAUUGGAUCAUAGUUAUGAUUACUACUAGAUUCACACCGUUUGAGAUUGAAACUGGAGAACUUUAGUGUGUAGUAUGAUCAAUCGGAGAUAUAUUGGAUUUAUAUGUGUAAUAUGAUCCGCGUGAUUGUGAAAAUUGAUGGACUAUUACAUUAUCUUGGAUUGAACUAGUAGGAAGAAAACAAAAAUAUUGGAGUAAUAGAAAGAAAAAAGUCCAUUUUACUACCCUGAAUAAAGUGGGUGGUUCACUUUACCCCCUGAUCUAUUUUUCGGCUCCUUCUACCCCCCAAACAAACCAAAACCGGACAAAAUACCCCCCCCCCGGCUGGUUUGUGUCCACUCGCUGCUGAUGUGGCACUAGUCAACGGCGGUUUUGACCUCGCCGGGCCCCUCUUGUCAGGACUGGCGUGGGCAUCCCCGUCGCUCCCCCACGCGCUUCGUUCCGGCUCCAGCGCGACCACGCCGACGAGCCGCGCUGCCACCUGCUCCAUCCCCGCGCUGGCCCGCCUCCUCCCGCGACUACGCCGCCCCGCAGUUCACCGUGGUGCUCUUGAUGAGCACCCUGCUCGGCCUCGCCUCGCUCCUCCGCGGUGUUGGCUCCGUCGUCGUCUGCCCCGUCGCCGCUACGGCCGCGCGCUUGCGCCGGCCCUCCUCCUCCCCGAGGUUGCGCCGACGACCCCGGUCGCCCUCGCGCGCUGCUCGCCCCGUCGUCCUCGGCUGCCCGCCGGCUCCCCCUGCUCUCCCUCACCUACCCCGAUCCCCUCUCUCUGGUUCGUUACAGUUGGUAAUCAGAGCCAAAUUCGCCUAAAUUUUUUCUCCCCGUCGAGCUGGUCGUAGAUCGGUAACAUCCACCGCGCCCGUGUGUGCUGCUCCGGCAAGCUCACCCAAAAUCCGUCGCAGGGUUCGAUCUCUUCCAAGCACGGCAACGGCGCCCGCCAAAGCUUCCGCGGCGACGCGUCAGGUGCUGGCAGCGAUGGACGAGGGCAACAGCAACAUCACCAAGUUGCUCGAGUCCCUCCUCGCUAAGAUGGAUGAGCAGAAAGCGACCCACGACAAGCAGAUCGAGGUCCAGGCGGCCUUCAACGCUCAGAUCUCGCAGGACGUGCGCGGACUCGCUCGGCAGAUCGAUCUGACCCAGGCCGACGUCGACGCCACCCGCAAGACGGUGGAGGGCUCUGCCUCGCCCUCGGGGUCAGUCACGACGUUGCUGCAUCAGCCCGCCGCACAGCAGCAACCGCCACCGCUGCCCCCGCCACCUCCACACUCACCGCGACUGGCCGCCGAGCCCGGCCGCUCGGCGACCGCACACGCGCGCCUCGGCGAUCAUCGUCCUCCACUGAUUCCGGUGGCGCCCCAGGGCGGAUUCGUCGCGCCAGCCGCCAUUCCAUCUCCUACAUCGGGCUACCACGACAACGACUACCACAAGCCCCCGAAGCACGAUUUCCCUCGAUUCGACGGCGACGCGCCGUACCUCUGGCUGGAUCGAUGUCUGGCGUACUUCGAACUCUACAAGGUCGAGCAACACAAGUGGGUGACCACGGCGGCCCUGUACAUCGAAGGCCAAGCCGCGCACUGGCUGCAAGCAUUUCGUCAAACACGCCACGGCCUCACCUGGGAUUCGUUCACAGCAGCGGUGCUGGAGGAGUUCGGUGCCGAUGAGUUCGAGAUGGUCAUGCACAAACUGUUGCAGCUCCGGCAGACCGCCACCGUCGCCGAAUACCGUGCGGCGUUCGACGAGCAGAUGUAUCACUUGCUCGCGCUCGACCCGAACAUCAACACAAAGUUCUUCGUGACCCAGUUCAUCCUGGGCCUGAAGGACGAACUGCACGCCCCGGUCCGACUCCAGGCGCCCACGAGCAUCAUCAGGGCCUCCAUGCUGGCACGCAUCCAAGAGGAGGAGCUAGGCACAACGCGUGCACGCCCACGCAUCACACCAGCGGGACGACCUCCACCGGCGACGAUGCAAACCCAGCCACGGGCGAACGCGCCCAACCGCGCUCCCACUGACGACUACGCACGCGAGCGACAGAUACGCGACUUCCGUCGCGCCAAUAAUCUGUGUUUCAAGUGCGGGGACCGAUAUUCGCGGGAGCACCGGUGCGCUCAACCCGCCCAGCUGCUCAUGAUCAGCAUCGGGGAGCACGGUGAGGUCCUCUCCGACGACACCAUCCACGCCCUGCAACUGCUCGACGAUCCCGGACCGGCAGCACCGCCACCCGCUCCAGCUAGGGACGCACCAGAGUGCUGCCUUCUCUCAUCGCACGCUCUGGAUGGCACCGAAUUGGCAACCACGAUCCGUCUACGGGCGUUGGUUGGCAAUCAGGUCAUGUUGCUGCUCCUCGAUUCGGGCAGUUCGCACAGCUUCGUCAACAAAUCAUUCGUCGAUCGCCUCGAGUUGAAGACGGAAGAGAUGCCGCAGGUGGACGUGCGGGUUGCAAACGGUGAUCGCCUCACGUGCAACCAUAUUGUGCCCGAGCUCAGGUGGUGGAUGCAGGGGCACACCUUCGCGACACCGAUGCGGGAGUUGGACAUUGGCGCCUAUGACGGCAUUCUGGGCAUGGACUUGCUUGCCCAGCACAGCCCCAUGACAUGCCACUGGCAAGACAAGUGGGUCAAGUUCUCCCACGACGGCGAAGAGGUGACGCUCCGGGGUGCACCCACCAAGACGCCCACCACUAUUAAGGCGAUCAAGCCCGACGAGCUGUGCAAGAUGAUCGCGGGCAACGACGUCUGGGCCAUGGCCAUGGUGGACUCGUGCGGGCGCGCACCGCCGCCACGGCGCAAGUGCGCUAGCCAGACCCCCCUCGCCGAUCUCCUGGAGGAAUUCGUCGACGUCUUCGCCGCUCCCAAAGGCCCGCCGCCCCAUCGCCAGUACGACCACGCUCUCACCCUGGUGGAAGGCGCAAUUCCCGCCAAUACUCGACCGUACCGCUACUCGCCGCUGCAAAAGGAUGAAAUCGAGCGCCAGGUCAAGGAAAUGCUCAACGCUGGCAUCAUCACGCACAGCGUCAGUCCGUACGCCGCUCCGGUCCUCUUGGUCAAGAAGAAGGACGGGACGUGGAGGUUCCGCGUCGACUAUCGUCGCCUGAAUGAUGCCACGAUCAAAAACAAGUUUCCGCUCCCGAUCGUCGAUGAGCUCUUUGAUGAACUCGCGGGAGCAGCAGUCUUCUCCAAGCUGGAUCUCCGUGCCGGGUACCACCAAAUUCGUAUGCGUGAAGAGGACGAGACCAAGACCGCGUUCAAGACGCAUCACGGGCAUUUCCAGUUCAGAGUCAUGCCAUUCGGCCUGACGAACGCCCCGGCGACCUUCCAGUGCCUCAUGAACGCCAUAUUCAGUAAGUAUGUGCGCAAAUUUGUGAUCAUUUUCCUUGACGACAUCCUUGUCUUCAGUGAAAUGAUGGAAGAACACAUCGAGCACCUCCGGAUCGUCUUCGAGCUGUUGCGGGCGCACCAACUGUUCGUCAAGGAGAGCAAGUGCAGUUUUGCCUGCGACCACAUCGACUACCUGGGGCACGUCAUCUCCAAGGAGGGCAUGGCCACUGACAAGGACAAGACGCAGGCCAUGGAACAGUGGCCAACGCCGACGAACGCCACCGAGUUGCGCGGUUUCCUGGGGCUCACUGGCUACUACCGGAAGUUCGUGCCGCACUACGGCAUCAUCGCCAAGCCCCUCACGCAGCUCCUCACGAAGAAGGGCUUCGCCUGGAGCGAGCAGGCGCAAGCAGCGUUCGACCGGCUCAAGAUCGCGAUGACGACGACGCCAGUGCUCGCCCUGCCUGACUUCGACAAGCCAUUCUCCAUCGAGACCGAUGCGUGCGACACGGGAGUUGGCGCCGUGCUGGUGCAGGAAGGCCACCCGGUCGCGUUCUUCAGCAAGGCGCUCGACGUGCGCAACCAGAAGCUCUCGACCUACGAGAAGGAGUUCUUGGCAGUGAUGAUGGCGAUCGACAAGUGGCGCCCUACUUGCAGCGUGGCCCCUUCGACAUCCUCACUGACCACAAGUCGCUCUGCAACCUGGGGGAGCAACACCUCGAGACCGAGCUGCAAUGCAAGGCCAUGGCGAAACUUGUCGGGCUGCAGUUCCGCUUUCAGUACAAGCGUGGACUCGACAAUGGCGCGGCCGACGCCUUGUCUCGCGUGGGCAAGCAACUCGACCUGGCCGCGCUUUCGGCGUGCCAGCCGGCUUGGAUUCCUACUCCACCGACCCGGACGCCCAGGAUCGACUGCAAAAACUCGCCAUCACCAGCCCAGACGACGACGGCUAUGAACUUCACCAUGGCGUCAUCCGUCGCGGGGGCCGCCUCUGGAUCGGCGCCAACACUGCGCUUCGCACCAAGCUCAUCGCCGUGCUCCACAACAGCGCGGUCGGCGGCCACUCCGG